CGUUCUAAUGAAAUGCGUAGUGAAUCCAAUGUUUUUCCUUUUAGUGGUUGGAUGCGUAGACGGAACACACAUUGGAUUACAAAAGCCAAUUAGAGACGAGCACAUGUACUUCAACAGGAAAGGUUACCAUAGUCUUAACGUUAUGCUAAUUUGUGACCACACUUGCAAGAUUCUUGCCAUAAAUUGUCAAUAUGGAGGUGCAGCCCAUGACUCCUGAAAAGGUCCACCACAUGUAAUUGUUUGGUGAGGUUUUCCCACAAACGGU